AUGCUUGAGGCACGCCUAGUCCAAGGAGGGAUGCUGAAGAAGGUGGUGGAUGCCGUGAAGGACCUUGUGACAGAGGCCAACAUCGACGUGUCGUCGUCAGGCUUUCAGCUGCAGGCGAUGGACACUUCUCACGUCUCGCUGAUCGCCAUGCACCUGCGCUCAGACGCAUUUGAGCACUUUCGAUGCGAUCGGGCAAUGUCUAUGGGCAUGAGCCUGGCCAACCUGGCAAAGGUGCUCAAGUGCGCAGGCAACGACGACAUCGUGACGCUUAAGGCCAACGACGAUGGCGACACUGUCACCUUUAUGUUUGAGAGCCCCAAGGAGGACCGUGUGUCAGACUUUGAGCUGAAGCUGAUGGAUAUUGACAGCGAGCACUUGGGCAUCCCCGACACGGAUUACUGCGCGACGGUGACAAUGCCCAGCGGCGAGUACGCGCGCAUCUGCAAGGACCUCAGCAGCAUUGGCGACACAGUCGUUAUCAGCGCCACCAAGGACGGCGUCAAGUUCACCACCAGCGGCGACGUCGGCACCGCCAACGUCACCGUGCGGCAAAACACCACGGCGGACAAGAAGGAGGACCAGACAAUCAUUGACCUGAAGGAGCCGGUGGCGCUGACCUUUGCGCUGCGGUACCUCACCAGCUUCGCCAAGGCCACCCCCCUGGCCACGCACGUCACGCUCAGCAUGACGCGGGAGCUGCCUGUCAUGGUGGAGUAUGCCAUCCAGGACAUGGGCUUCCUGCGGUUCUACCUCGCCCCCAAGAUUGAGGACGAGGACAUGGAGGGCGAGGACGAGGCGCCCUGA